GCUGCGCCUGCGCGGGCAGUCAAGUGGACAGAUUGCAACCAAGCUCACCCACUUUCCAUCUCCCACUAACAGCUAUAUCUCGGGCUCUCGCAAGGCGCAAUGUCUUUCGGUCGCAGAGGCUUUGGCGAUGACGACGUGCACUAUCCCACACGUCCUGUAGACAAGGACAAGGCCGAGACAGAGUUGGCCGUCAACAUCAAGAAGGCUACAAGUCCGGACGAAAGUGCGCCCAAACAGAAACAUGUCCGAAAAUGCAUCGUGUAUACUUGGGACUAUCAUAGUUCCAUCUCAUUCUGGAGUGGCCUGCGCGUACAGCCCAUUCUCGCUGACGAGGUACAAACGUUCAAGGCGCUCAUUACAGUCCAUAAAGUUCUGCAAGAAGGCCAUCCUAUUACGAUCAAAGAAGCGCAUGGUCAAACGGGCUGGCUUGAGACUUGUGCAAGGACAGUUGGAGCAGAAAGCCAGAGAGGUUAUGGCCCACUGAUCAGGACCUAUGUUCAGUUCAUCUUGGCCAAGCUUCGGUUCCAUCGCUUCCGACCGGAAUUCAACGGUCUCUUUGAGUAUGAAGAGUACAUUUCUCUGAAGGGUAUCGAUGAUCCCAACGAAGGAUACGAGACUAUUUCGGACCUCAUGGGCUUACAAGACCAAAUCGAGUCCUUCCAACGAAUGGUCUUUGCUCACUUCCGGCAUUCUGCCAACAAUGAAUGUCGCAUAUCGUCGCUUGUGCCUUUGGUGAAGGAGAGUUGGGGAAUUUACCGUUUCAUCACUAGCAUGCUGAGAGCGAUGCACCGAAGAACGAACGAUAUCGAAGCUCUGGAGCCCCUCCGCCAGCGCUUCAAUUCACAACACUAUAGCUUAAGGAAAUUCUACUACGAAUGUUCUAAUCUCAAAUAUCUUACUGGUCUCAUCAAUGUUCCUAAGCUGGGCCAGGAACCACCAAAUCUCACGGAUACCGGAAAUGCUCCUGACCUCCCCGCGCGACCGAAGACAGCCGCUCAGUCUCCUUCGCCCCCUCCAGCCGCCCCAUCCCCCGAUGCCGCUGCCGUCAAUGAGCAGGCCCGUAUGCUGAAGCAAUACGAGGAUCAACAGGCAGCUCUUCAGGCUCAGCGCGCAGAGGAGGAACGGCGGCGACUCGAGCUUGAAUCGUUGCAGCAGAAUGAGUUCGAACAACGACAGCGAGAACAGGCUGAGCGUGAACGCCUCGCCCAAGAGCAGCUGAUGCAGCAACAGAUGCAGCAGUAUAACAACCAGGCCGCUCAGCAAGUAGCCAACUAUGAACGCGAACUGCUGAACAUGCGUGGGCAGUUUGAGCGUGAUCAGCUACUUCUUGAACAGUAUGACCGACGAGUUAAAGCUUUGGAGGGCGAGCUUAGUGGCGUCACUGCCAACAUUAAUGCUCAAAUGCUUUCCAAGGAUGAGCUAAUCAGGCAGCUGCAAGAUCAGGUCACGCUGUGGAAGAACAAGUACGAGGCGCUGGCCAAGCUCUACAGUCAACUGCGUACCGAACAUUUGGACAUGCUCUCCAAGUUCAAGCAGAUGCAGCUGAAAGCCAACUCUGCACAGGAAGCCGUGGAUCGUAUGGAGCGCAUGGAGCGUGAUCUAAAGGCCAAAAACCUGGAGCUGGCCGACAUGAUUCGCGAGCGUGAUCGUGCUCGCUUCGACGUUGACAGGAUCAAGGCCUCUCAAAAAGAAGACAUGGAACGCCUCCGUCGGGAUCUUAGAUUUGCUAACGAGCGUGCAGACGAUGCUGCCAGGUCGAAAAAUUCAGAGGUCUCAGAUGUUCUCGGCAAGUACAACCGUCAGCUCACCGAGCUGGAAGAUUCACUGCGUGCCAAGCAAAUGCAAAUCGACGACUUGUUAUCUAAGCUUGACGGCUCUAGCGCUGAUCUUGAGCGGCUGAGAGAAGAGAAGGACCAAGAAAUUGCGAUUCUUCAAGAGGGUAUGGACAGCACAAUCCAGCAACUUUCGGAAACGCAACAGACCCAGGGUUUGAGCGAGGAGGCCACCAACGCCCAGAUCGAUACUCUCAUCUUGGACAAUCGUAAGAAGCUGAACAAGAUCAUUGACUCGAUCCUACAAGCUUGUGUGCAGAAAGUCGAUGAUGCUAUCUACGAACUUGAAUCUCCCAGUCAAGCUGGUAACAUCAAUUCAACGCCUGAGUACACGCUCUCCAUGAUUGAGAAGGCGAACAACAAUGCGACCGACUUUGCAACAAUCUUCAACCUUUACCUGGGAGGUGAUGUGGGCGGGGAUCACGUCGACGUCAUCAAGAGCGCAAACGAAUUCGCACAAGUGCUGUCGGAUGUCCUCAUCAACACCAAGGGUAUCACACGCCUCACUAACGAUGAUGAUGCUUCGGACAAGCUCAUCUCCGUCGGCAAGGCUGCAGGAGAUGUUGGCUUGCGCUUCUUCCUGAACCUGCAAUCGUACAAACUGGACCUUCUCCAGCCGGCUCAGAGAAAAGAAGUCUCGAUGCGUAACAACAGCGAAGUUCGCGGUGGUCUUGCAAGGUUGUCCGAGGUCGUCGAUGCACUCAUCCCCAAGGGCAAGGGCGGAGCGCUCGCCAAAGCCAAUGGCGACAUCGGCGAUCUCGUCGAGCAGGAGAUGCUUGGAGCUGCCCAGGCGAUCGAAGCUGCCACCCGGCGCCUGCAGGAACUCAUGGCGCGUCCGCGCGACACGAGCCGCUUCAGCGCUGUCGACAUCCAGGUCCACGACUCCAUCCUGUCCGCCGCGAUGGCUAUUACAAACGCGAUCGCGCGCCUCAUCCAGGCGGCUACGGAGUCGCAGCAGGAGAUCGUCGCGCAGGGCCGCGGGUCCAGCUCGGUGCAGCAGUUCUACAAGAAGAACAACCGCUGGACGGAAGGUCUCAUCUCCGCCGCCAAGGCCGUCGCGUUCGCGACAAAUCUGCUCAUCGAGAGCGCAGACGGCGUCUUGUCCGGCACGCACUCUAUCGAGCAGCUGAUCGUCGCGUCGAACGAGGUGUCCGCCGCAACCGCCCAGCUCGUGGCCGCUUCGCGUGUCAAGGCGAACCUAAUGUCCCAGACACAGCAGCGGCUGGAGCUCGCCGCCAAGGCAGUCACCGACGCCUGCAAGGCCCUCGUUCGCCAAGUCAAGUCCAUCUCUGCGAAGCAGCUUGCAGAGGAAGACGUUGACUACCAGAACAUGGCGGGCAUGGAGUUCAAGAGGCGCGAAAUGGAGCAACAAGUGGAGAUCUUGAAGCUAGAGAAGGACCUCGGUGCUGCACGCCACAGGCUUGGAGCCAUGCGUCGCGCAGGGUAUCACACAGACGAAACGAACUGAACGUCGGGACUCACUUUUUCGUUCCUUGUAUAUUUGCUUAAUCCUAAAACUACUGCUCUUAUCACUCGAUUGUCGAUGACUCAAUCAGGAAAUAAAUGACGGAUGGAUCCAAACUUGCAUUUGUU